UCUUGGAAUCACUGCAAGACCAACUACAAGACCAUGUCGGCGCCAGCGAAGCGAGCGCGCGGCCAUCGGCAGAAGGGCGCGGGGACGGUCGCGACGUCCCGAGGAGAGCAAGUCCGCCAAGGCGUCUCCUGCAAGGAGUGGCAGCGGACGCCCAUGCAGCUUCUGCGCGAGUACUGCCAGUCGGUGAAGCGCCAGCAGCCCCACUUCCACGAGGUGCACACCAACAGCGACGCCGAGUUCCGUAUCCGCUGCAUCCUCCCGGACGCCAAGUCGAGAGACAAGGACCUCAUCUUCUGCCCGGCACAGAGCGUGGAUACGUCGAUCGAUGAUGCCAAGCACUGCGCGGCCUUGCUCGCGCUCUACUACGUCGAGCCGACCCGGCCCCACGAACGCAAGCUGCCGGACCCGUACCGCGAUAUGUGGAUCGCCAUGUGCCCUGCCCCCGAACCGGCCAAGAAGGACGCUGGAAAGACCGGGAAGAAAGUCAAGGUGCUCCCUGUGGCUGCACCUGCGACCCCUGUUGCGGCUGCGGCUUCGACCACGGACGAGUCGUCGGUGGACGAUGAAUCGAAGAAGGACGUUCGCGUCCUCACGUCCGACCGCGCGUUUGCCUCCCGGGCCGAGUUCCAGCAAUCCAAGCUGAGCGAACGCGAAGAGCGGAACCGCCGGGCGCGGGCGCGGGAGAACCGCGAGCGCGCCAAUAUGCCGGUGCAGGUUUUCAUGGGCCAAAAGGCGCGCGAUCUCGUCGAGACCAUUCUUGCCGAGCUGGACGAGAAGAUCGAACCGUCCGAAUUGGCCACGGAGCACGAUGCCGACCGUCGCCGCGAGGUCCAGGCCAAGCUCAAGAGCAUGGGAUUCUCGCUCGCGCACAUUGAGGCCGUGCUGACCAAGUGCCGGGAUCUCUCGGACGAUGCGUCCGUUUUGGACUGGGUCUGCUUGAACAUCCCCGAGCAUGAGCUGCCCAAGGGCUUCAACCCCCUGGGCAAGCAACUCGAAGCCGUUGCGUAUGGCAUCUCGUCGUCCAAGGACCAAGAAGCCGCCGCCGCCUACGACGCGGCACUCCAUGGCCCCCUCUUCAAGGAGCUCGCUGCGUAUGGAUUUUCCCACGUGGACUGCUUGGGGGCGCUCGAAUCCAUCAAGUCCCAAGGACUUCAAGACCCCGCUGCUCUGUUGCGUGCGCUGCGAACGGCGCUGCACAACGAACUGCUGCGCACACUCCGCAUUGAGCGCGCAGACGCCGACGUGACCGCCGAGGACAUUGCGAGCCUCCGCGAAGACGAGUACAUGGUCAUCGAAUCCAUCUACGACGACAAGGCGACACGAACCGAGUCGCCUGGCGGCGAGGCCAUCGUGACCAUUAUGGUGCUGGACGACGCGAUGACGCUCGAGUUUUACCUCUCGAACGACGCCUUGUACCCAUUUGACGUGCCGAUGGUGCUUUUGCGCGCAAACGACGCCGACGCCGCAUCGCGCAACACGCUUGCGCUCACGGCGCAUUUGUUGGACGCGGCGACCAAGCUUCGUGGGGAACCCAUGAUGUAUGAGCUCUGCAUGGCGCUCGAGGCGGCGCCGUCGCAGCUGCCGACGGUCACGCUAUUUGCGUCCGAGGCCCCGACGGCGGCCUCCAAGGUCGAGGAGCCAUUGCGCGCCUCGAAGAAGAAACCGGUUAAGGCGCGCCGAACGGGGCCGCCGCGUACUGUUUCGGACACGCAGAUCGCCGCCAUCAACGAGGCGCUCUACGACAAGCACAUGGCCAAGCAGCGCACAGCCAAGUAUAAGCUGAUGAUGACCGCCCGCGGGAUGCUGCCGGCGUACAAGGAAAAAGACGCGAUCGUGUCGCUCCUCGAGACCAACCAAGUCAUUUUGAUCAGCGGUGCGACGGGCUGCGGCAAGACGACGCAAGUGCCCCAGUUCCUCCUCGACCAUUUCAUUCCGGCCAAGCAAAGCUGCAACAUCCUCUGCACGCAGCCCCGGCGCUUGGCCGCGAUCGGCGUUGCGACGCGCGUCGCGCAGGAGCGCUGCGAAACGAUCGGCGAGUCGGUCGGGUACCAGAUCCGCAUGGACACGAAAAAGUCGGCCGAGACGCGGCUUCUCUUUUGCACGACGGGUGUGCUUCUGCGCCGAUUCCUCUCCGACCCAUUGCUGCGCGAAGUCUCGCACAUCAUUGUCGAUGAAGUCCACGAGCGCAACGUCGACACAGACCUUCUCCUCUCGAUCCUGCGUGAUGUCUUGCGCCAACGCCCGGAUCUGCGUUUGAUUCUCAUGAGUGCGACGAUGAACACGUCGCUCUUCCAAAACUACUUUGGGGCGGUGACGGCUUCGACGACACCCGUCAUGUCGAUUCCUGGCUUUACGUUCCCCGUGACGUGCCACUACAUCAAGCACGUGUACGAAGCGACGGGCUUUGUCAAGCCUGCCAAGAAGAAGGAUGACGGCGACGACGACAACCAAAUCAACUACGACCUCGUGACGGCGCUGGUGCGCCAUUUGGUAGUCGAGACGCCUGACAAUGCCGGCGCUGGCGAAGGCGCGAUCUUGAUCUUCAUGCCUGGUGUCCAAGAGAUCAAAAACACCAUCCGCGGCUUGCAGGGCGACGCCGACCUCGCGCCUCUCGUGCUUCCGCUGCCGCUGCACGGCGCGCUGCCAGCGCACGAACAAUCACGCGUCUUCGAGUCGGCGCCCAAGGGUCGUACCAAGGUCAUUGUGAGCACCAACGUCGCCGAGACAUCGAUCACGAUCAACGACAUUGUGGUUGUCAUUGACGCCGGCAAGGCCAAGGAAAUGGCCUACGAUGCAAUCAACCGCCGGUCGAGUCUCAAAGAAGGCUGGAUCUCCCAGGCGGCCGCGGACCAGCGCAAGGGUCGCGCGGGUCGUGUACGCCCGGGUAUCUGCUACCGCCUCUUUUCGACGUCCAAGUUCCAAAAGAUGCCCGCGCAGCCGACGCCCGAAAUCCAUCGCGUGUCGCUCGAGCCGCUCUGUUUGCAGAUCCAAGCGCUCGAGCUCGGGUCGUCCGUCACGUCGUUCCUGUCGCAGGCCAUCGAGCCGCCGUCGCCAGCGGCCGUCGCAUCGGCCAUCGACGGUUUGCUUGAAAUGGGCGCCUUUGCGCGCGAGGCGGAUGACAGCGUGCGCUUGACGCCGCUCGGAUCGCACUUGGCGCGGCUCCCAAUGGACGCGCGGUUGGCCAAGGUCGUCGUCUUUGGCUGCAUCCUGCGCUGCAUCGACCCGAUCGUGACCAUUGCCGCGGCGCUCGAGUGCAAGUCGCCGUUUGUGACGACGGCCGACGACCGCAAAAAGGCCGACGACGUCAAGCGCGCGCUGAGCGCCGAGAUCCCAACGUCCGACCACAUGCUGCUCUGGAGCGUGGUCAAGACGUUUUUGGGCCUCGAGAAGCGGUCGCGCCGCCAGUACUGCAAGGACAAGUCGCUUUCGUACGAGACACUCGACUCGAUCGUUGAGCUGCGCAAGCAGUACCUCGAGCACCUCCAAGCGAUCGGCUUUUACGACGCGUCGAACCGAGACCGCCUCAACGAGCAUGCGGCCAACGGCAAAGUCGUCAAGGCGGCGCUCACGGCGGGGCUCUACGGCAAUGUCGUCUCGGUCAUUUACCCCGAGCAAAAGUACUACGAGUCGGCGCACGGCGUCCUCGCCGCGACGCACAACGCCAAGGAGCUCCGCUUUGUCAUCCGGACCCUUGCCAAGGAGCACGAGCGUGUCUUUCUGCACCCGAGCUCGAUCAACUUUACCUUGGGUCAAUUCGAGUCGCCGUGGCUCAUGUACACGGACCUGGUCCAGACCUCGCGGCUCUUCGUGCGGCAGAGCACGAUGGUCGCGCCGUACGCGCUCCUCCUCUUUGGUGGCGCCCUCCACGUUCAGCACGAGAAGGGGCUCAUUGUCGUGGACGACUGGAUUCGGUUCAAUGCCGUCGCGCGCAUCGGCGUGCUCGUCAAGUCGUUGCGGCUCCACCUCGACCGGUUCCUCACCAAGAAGAUCGAAGACCCGUCGCUGGACAUUUCCAAGAGCUCGCUCGUCGACGCCAUUUGCCACCUCCUCAUCACCGAAGGCUUGUAAUUCAAAGACACACGAUAUGUAAGCGGGGCUUAAUCCGAGUCGCCGUCGUGGUACGUGCCGGCC